ACCCCUUCUUUGAGCACUACGUUAGGAUUAGAUUUCCUGGAGGUUGCAGGGGAAGAUGUAACCAGGCUUAAAAGGGACAGAUUUUCGGCUCUGGUCACACUACAUUUUUUAACUAUGGAUGUAGGGGUAGUUACUGAACGAGCUAGAGUGUUGAACUGAGAAGAAACGGAAAAUCGGAUUUGUUUUUCAGCGAGAUGAUAUUUAGAUAUUAAAUCAAUGACGUAGGAUAUUCGUUUGUGCUUUUAAUCAACUCGGGUGUCUUUUAGCCUGAAGGAUGAAGAGGUCUGACAGUCUCCUUUGCUUACAAUCACUAAUUCCAGCGUCCAUAACAGCACUGAUGAACGUUUUGUAACCUGACAUUAUUAAUAUUAUUCAUAUUAUUUGAUUAGCGUUUUAAUCUCGCUAGUUAAAGGCUUUGGUAAUAUAGUGGAAAAAAAUGAAUUAUGUAACAUGUCUAGAGCCAAAGAGUAUCCGUAAUGUUAAAUGGGCUUGGAUGUAGAGGAUGAUACAACGUAGACAAAGUGCACAACACUGAGUGUGGACCACCGUCUAUGUGAAAAAUGCUUAUCUGGAUAUUGCAUAUCAUCACUUUGACUGUUGCCUCUCUGACGUUUAUAGAGACGUACGACAAUUACGGGGAAAUAUGUCAAAACCUUUGUUUGUGUGAAGAGAAAGAUGGAAUAUUGUUGGUGAGCUGUGAAAACAGGGGGAUAGUCAGACUUUCUGAAAUCAGUCCUUUGCAUUUUUCUAUGUACCAUCUUUUACUAACUGGAAAUCUUUUAAAGAAACUCUCUCGAAAUGAUUUUAUUAAUUACACAGGUGUUACAAUUUUGCACUUAGGCAACAAUGAUAUACAGGAAAUUGAAACGGGAGCCUUUAAUGGACUGCAAGGAUUAAAGAGAUUGCAUCUUAACAACAACAAAAUAGAAAUUUUGCGGGAUGAUACUUUUGUUGGUCUGGAGAGUUUGGAAUACCUGCAGAUUGAUUAUAAUUAUAUCAGCAUUAUUGAGCCUAAUGCCUUCAGCAAACUGCAUCAACUGCAAGUAAUUAUAUUGAAUGACAAUUUGUUGUCUAACAUACCAAGCAACAUUUUUCGUUACGUUCCAUUAACCCAUCUUGACCUAAGGGGAAACAGACUAAAAAUGUUGCCCUACAUUGGCCUUUUGGAGCACAUGGACAAGGUUGUGGAAUUACAACUUGAAGAAAAUCCUUGGAAUUGCUCAUGUGAACUAAUUGCACUGAAAUCUUGGCUAGAAAGCAUUUCCUAUUCAGCUCUGGUUGGAGAGGUGGUAUGUGAGACACCUUUCCGAUUACAUGGUAGAGAUCUGGAUGAAGUAUCAAAACCUGAGCUAUGCCCUAGACGAGCAGUUUCUGAAUAUGAAGCACGUCCUCAGCCAACUUUGAGUACUAUGGGAUAUUUUCAUACAACACCAGCUGUUGUAACAUCUUCCCCUACUUCUUCUGCUGUUCUGAGAUCUUCUACAAAGCCUACAAAGCAAACAAACAAAGCAAGAAAAAGGCCCAUAACACGUAUCCCACCAAAGGAUGGUUUCAAUUAUGGGCCAAUAAUUGCUUAUCAGACCAAAUCCCCAGUGCCUUUAGAGUGUCCUACUGCCUGUACAUGUAACUUACAGAUUUCUGACCUGGGACUAAAUGUCAACUGCCAAGAACGGAAGGUUGAAAAUAUUGCUGAUUUAAAACCUAAACCAUACAAUCCCAAAAAGAUGUAUCUUACUGGAAAUUACAUUUCAAUGGUGCGUCGAUCUGAUUUUGUUGAAGCAACAGGAUUAGAUUUACUCCACCUUGGUAACAAUCGGAUAGCAGUUAUACAAGACAAAGCCUUUGGGGAUUUGACCAAUUUACGAAGACUCUACCUAAAUGGAAAUUUAAUUGAACGGCUCACUGCAGAAAUGUUUUAUGGUCUUCAGAGCCUACAGUAUUUAUAUUUAGAAUAUAAUAAAAUUAGGGAAAUUGUCGCUGGUACAUUUGUACAUGUACCAAACCUCCUGCUUCUAUUUCUUAAUAAUAACCAUUUACGAACUUUACCUGGAGGUAUUUUUGCUGAUUUGAACCUGGCCAGGCUUAAUCUACGGAAUAAUCAGUUCACAUAUUUACCUGUAAGUGGUGUAUUAGAUCAGCUAAAAUCUCUGGUUCAGAUUGAUUUAUUUGAAAACCCAUGGGACUGUACAUGUGAUGUGCUGGGUAUGAAGAUAUGGCUUGAACAGCUUAACACAGGAACAGUGGUUAAUUAUGUAUUAUGUGAUUCUCCCAAAAAAUUGUAUGGUGAAGACAUGCGAUCCAUCAAAUCGGAUUUUCUUUGCCCUGAUUACUUUGAAGUAACAUCUUCUGUGCCCCCUAGUUCUGCAGAGCCAGUUCCAGAACGGACCACUACAAUAGAAACCUCAAUUAAGUAUAAUACUCCUGCAAGUUCUGUUCCACUCUCUGUACUAAUUUUAAGUCUUCUGUUGGUUUUUAUUAUGUCUGUUUUUGUAGCUGCUGGCCUUUUUGUAGUGGUAAUGAAAAGACGGAAAAAAUCCCAAAAUGAUCGCACAAGUACCAAUAAUUCAGAUGUAAGUUCCUUUAACUUACAGUACAGUGUUUACACUAACAGAUCUGUGCCAAAAGUGAAAACCCCUGCUGGACAUGUCUAUGAGUACAUCCCACAUCCACUGGGUCAUAUGUGUAAAAAUCCAAUCUACAGAUCGAGGGAAGGAAACUCAGUAGAGGAUUAUAGAGAUCUUCACGAACUUAAAGUUACCUACAGAAACAACACUGAAGAAGAAAGAGAAAGUCAUUUAAGAAGUCCCACCUACAGUGUAAGCACCAUAGAACCACGAGAGGAGUCGUCUCCUGUACAAGAUGCAGAGCAUUUUUACAGAGGAAUUUUAGAGCCAGACAAACAGCCACCUUCUGGGAACAAUAUUGAAUAUAAGUACACUGGUCCUACUACUUUUACAUACACACCAAACUAUGAUUUAAGGCGACAAUUUUUGCAUCCAGAAAGGAUACGAGAAACUGUUCUUUAUGGCACAGCACCAAGUACUGCACAUGUUGAACCUAACAGAAAUGAAUAUCUGGAACUAAAAGCAAAACUUCAAGUUGAGCCGGACUACCUCGAAGUACUUGAGAAACAGACAACUUUCAGUCAAUUUUAGAUGGCAGAUUUGUCUACAUACAAACAAUGAUAUACAUAAAUAUAAAUAUAUAUAUAUAUAUAUAAAUGAAAUGAACAUUUUGUUUUUUAUAAUUAUUGUUAAUUAUUUUAUUGUUAAAGUUUUGAAAAGGGGUUAAUUGUAUUGGCACAGAGUAACCACCUUUGAAGACUACAGCUACAUGGGGUGUGCCAUACUGUAUUUUUAAAACCUACAUACUAUUAUAACAUUUACAUUUUCACAAAUCGUGAAAACAAAAGGUGCAAGGCUAUUAGGAACAAUGAAUUUGUUUUUCUUUCUUUCUUUCUAAAUCCUUUUUAAACUGCCAUUAAAUACAUGUACAGAUAUGUUAAAAAUAUUCAUUAAAUAGGUUGAUCAUGCAUUGCAAAUCACAAAUGAUGUCCAGAUCAUGUAUUACAGAACCUAUAAUGUACAUUAAAAGCAGAUUGCUACUUUUAACCACUUUGUUUGCUUCCUACAUAAUUCAAAAUGCUUAGCCUUUAGCAAAGGCUUCUCGUGGGCAUAAGACGAUGAAGUUUGCCUUUUUUAAUAUACAGUAAAUCAAUCUAGGCUGCUUUGAUACAAACAAUGUAAAUUUUAUAACAUGCAAUUAUUUUUUUUCUGACUUUAUGCAACACAUUCUACAUAGAAAAGGUGGCUUUAAUAAGAGUUGGCACACCCCAAUUUCAACGCAAGGCUCCAUUUUAAAAAUGUGUCUUUGUAUGCUUUCUGCACUUUUGAAAUAGAAGACUUUAGAGUCUUUACUGUUUUAACUCAGACAAAUCAAUAUGAGUUUAAAAUAUAUGAAAUUAAAAAAUAAUAAUCAAAGUAAUAAUUAACUUGUAAAAUAUUGAUAUU